CUUACUCCACUCCCACAGGCACCAUCAACAACAUAAAAAAAUAUAAAAAAAGUAAACAAAGCUUUUUUUCAAUUUGUGUACAUUUUUAGGCUCCAAAAAUUAAUCCAAAGAUGCAGUCUCAGCUCGCCGCCGCACUAUUAGGGCAUAAUACUAAUGCAACUUCUACUCCGAAUCAUUUAGAUGACGACGAAAAUAAUAGUUUUCGAGAAGAAGACACUGAGGUGGAACAGGAAGAAUUUGACGAGGAAACUGAAAGCGAAACGCCACCAGAACCCACUGGUACAGAGAAUGGAAACGAAAAACCACCAGAAAUUAGACAAGUGGUUGGCAAAGAUCCCAGCAAUCGUACUGUUACAUUGCAAAUGCUCUUGUCCGCUGGAAUUUUAAAACCUGGCAAUGGAGCUAUGACCAUAGAGUAUCUAGGGCAAAAAUUUGUUGGCGAUUUAUUGGAAGACGGCAAAAUCCGAAGUCAAGAGACUGACAUUGUAUUCGCUUCUCCUAGUGCUUGGGCUAUUGCAUGCAAAAGAUUUAUAAAUCCUGACAAAAAAUCAGGGUGCGGUUGGGCUUCUGUUAAGUAUAAAGGAAAAAAAUUGGACGCUUAUAAAAACGUUUGGUACAAGAAAAAGAAGGAAGAGGAAAAGGAACUUGAGAAACAAUUAGAAAAAGAACUUGCAGCAGCAAAUAAUUUAAACCUUGAACAACUUCUUAAAACCUCAACAUCAAUUCCUACUAGCACAACUACAAAUCCAGCAAUGUUUCAAAGAUUUGUGGUGAAACACAAUACAAUUGCCAACAGAACCCUGACACAUGACGCAAAUACAAUGAUUGAUUGUGUCCCAUUUUCAAAUUUGGGCAAAAUCCAACCUUUUCUAGUUUCCCUGCACACUAAUGCUGCCAUGUUGAUGGACUUCCACUGUCACUUAACAAAAUCUGAAGUGUCUGGAUACCUUGCUGGUCAUUGGGAAGUUAAUUCACAUAAUUUACAAAUCACACACGCGUUUCCUUGUCGGAACACUAAAGCGGACCGAGCGAAUGCGCCUCAAGUUGAAACCGAAAUUGCCAGGACGAUUGAAAAGGAGAAAUUAACUUUGGUGGGUUGGUACCAUUCACAUCCUUUUGCGGCAGCCGCGCCCACUUUGAGGGAUGUGGAUGCUCAAUUGGAGUACCAAAUUAAAAUGCGAGGCACUCACGAUAAUAGUUAUACUCCUUGUAUUGGGAUAAUUAUUUCUCCAUACAACUACGAAAAUGUCAGUUUAGAAUCCUCAAUAAUGGCCUACUGGGUGAUUCCACCUCCAGAAACCAAGCCCAACGAAUAUGGACGUCCAAUGUUGAUGUCCUACAGUGUAGUCCAAGAUUCCGCCCUAACUGAACAUAUAAGAAACGAAGUGGCAAAAAGCAUUGAUUAUUAUCAAAAAGAAGCCGAUUAUAUUAAUUUCAGUGAUAAAUUCAUCGGAACCACGUUGUAUAUUGAAAAACUCAAAAGCACCUUACUAUCGAAAUUUCCUAGAGAUGAACCUGAAAAUGAAAUUUGGAGAUUUUUCAGAGAAAGCCUCAAAUGUUCAGCAGAAGAAAAAGAACCGAUAAUUUCAGUUUCCAAAUCCAGCCAUAUGCUUCCCACUUUAAAUCCUCCUGCAGGACUUGGAAUGCUGUCUUCAGACAUAUCCAGCUUACUUUUCAAUGCCGGCAAAUAUUCAAGCCCCAGCAGUUUACUAGGAUUACCAGAUCCUAUGGCUCAUAGUACUUUAGCAGCUAACAAUAUGUUUUUACAAACAAAUUUGUUUAAAAUGCAAGAAUUACUCAAACCAUUUUCCCCAGGCAAAUCGCAUAGUAAAACCGAACACAAAAAAUCUUACAAAGAACCCAAAGAUUUUUCAAUGGAUUUGAUGCACUUCAAAGACAAAAUGAACUUUUUGUCACCAGAUUUAAGCAUGAUGAGGAUGGGCAAAGAUUUUUCGGCCGAAUACUUGGCCAAUUUCGCCAAAGCUUCCAAGCCAGACUUUUACAUGCCCAAUGUGACAAUCACAAAAACCAGCACAAACUCGAGUUUGACCGAUUAUUCAAUGCAUCUUGGAAAACCUAGUUUGAGUACUGACGACGAGAAGCCAGCUAAAAUGCCCAAAAUUGAUUAUUUAAAUAAUAUGCUGGAUUUAAGUUAUCCUAAAGCUAGUACUAGUGUGGCUAGCACUAGUGCAGCUUCUGAUGCUAGCGAAGCACCUACAGAUCUGAGUAUGCCUGAUAAUGCUCCUAGUGAAACUGCCGAGAGUGAUGGACCUUUGAAUUUAGCAGGAGAUUAACUUUGAAAUUCGAAUAUUAAAUUUAGUGUGACUUAAGUAAUGUACUUAGGAUGUAUACUCUUUGUUUAUUUUACGAUCUCGAUUUUAUAAUUAUGUUUUAUUUUUUUAUAUUUUACAGUAUUAUUUUUUAGGAGCUUUUUUUAUACAAUGCAUUGUUUUAAAAAUAAUUGUAUUAUAUACUCGUAUAUUCAA